UGGGCGAGCGCGCGAACGAUCAGAGUGCCAAAAGGGCGGCAGGAGGAGGCGCUUCCUCCGGCGGCCGCGUGGGGCGCUGGGGAGUCGCUGUCGCCGGCUUCUGAGCAGAGCGGCUCGGCUAGUGUGCGCGCCGGGCCGAGUGACACGGCCUCUGCUGUCGCGGGGAAGGGAAGGACAGGGCGCGGAGAGAGAGCGGAAGGGGGACCGGUCGAUGAAAUAAACCGAUCGGAGGCUGCCCCUGCCGUGUGGAGGUAGGUGGUGGGAGACGCGCGCAAGCAGCCGCCCUGCCUUCCCCGGCUAAGACUGAGCCCGUGAGACGGACGGUCACGGGCAGAGCCGCCGCUGCCGCCUUCCAAGCGGCUGACAAUGAAAGUGAAAGGCAGGAGCCGCGGAAGGGGAGGUGGAGGCGGCGGCUGCCGCCUAGGUUGCGCCUACCGCCGCCACCGCCGUGCUGAGUGAUUCCGACCCUCCCGGUGCGCUUCUCUCCAGGAGCGUUCCCGAAGAAAGCUGCCGCCUUUGCUUCUGCCUCCUCUUAACAUUGGCCGUGUUUUCUCGCGGGGACCCACGAACAGGUUGCCUGUGAACGCUGGAUCGCUUCCUUUCUCUCGCCUGCAGCUGCUUUUCGAGUGGGGCCGCGUGGAUCCUAGAAGGCGACGGGAGAGCGACGGCCGCUGUGAUUCAGGUGGUUUCUUCUGCACAACUCCGCUCCCCUUGGCGUUGAAAAGGGAAAGGGGACUGCUUCUGUUCGGGCUGGCUGCAGGGAAUAAGCCCAGAUAAAGUAGAAGCAGAAAGCCAAAAUCUCUUUGCCGUUUUCCUGGACGGUUCCUGUUGCUACUGCUGUUGUUUCCCUGGAAAACGGGACUAGGAUUGCAGUUUGGGGUCUCCCAUGGCUUGAAGGAGAAAAGUGGAGCCAGUACCUUUUAAGACUGGAAAUUAUUUUUGCCUGACAGCCUGAAUCAAUAAUAAAGUGGCCUGAGAACAGCUUUAUUUUUCUUUUGUUUCUGCAAUUUUUCUCCUUCGAAAUUGGCAUAUUUUUAUAGUGGCAUAUACAAAAAUGAAAGACUGGCUUGAAACAUGCCAUUUCUUGUAUCUUUUUCCAGGGAUGGCACUGACCACAUUUUUAUGUUGCGGUUGAAAUGGCCUUUUAUAAUGACAAAGAAUAGGAACUAAUCUCUUGCCAUUGGAAGAAGAAAAAGACCACAGUGAGAGAAAAUUGGAUAUUAUAGUUUGUUUUUCAGUUGAUGAACUUAGAGUUGGUUAUUGUUCAGAACAAUUCAUACAAAUUCUAUUUUUAAAUUUUUUUAUAAAUCUUUGUGAGGAGGAUUUUGAUUAAAAACUGCCUGCCCCAAACCUGACUCAAGUACUUUAAAAGUGGAACAUGAAGUAAAACUGGGCAGUUUCUUAAACAGAAGACAGAAUGCUUUAAAGUUAUAAAGUUCUCUGUUUAAUUGACAAUUGUUUUUAUAUCUAAGUCUUUUUCAUUAAUAUUUUAUUCUAUAAUUAUGCACUUUCAACUUUGUUUUUUAUUUAAUUGUGAAAAAGGGAAAGAUUACUGUACUUAUAUUUCAUAAAUGAUAGCUUUGAAAUCUUUUAACAGUUAAUUGGGAAUUUUAAAAUGCCAUGAUAAACUUGUUUUAAUAAAAUACCCAAUAGUGUCUUCUUCAGAAGUUUUAGGCAACAAUUGCUGGAGGGAUUCCUCCUUAUUCUCCAUUAAUGAGUCCUGGUGGUGGUGUCGGAGGACCCAUGACAGACUGUGAAUACAGUCAGAUCAGCACUCACAGCUCCUCUUCUCCUAUGGAGUCCCCCCAUAAAAAGAAAAGCGUUUCCAAGAGAAAAUGGGAGAUUUUCCCUGGAAGAAACAAAUUUUUUUGCAAUGGAAGGAUCAUGAUGGCUCGGCAGACUGGAGUCUUCUACUUGACACUUGCUCUUAUUUUGGUUACCAGUGGACUCUUUUUUGCAUUUGAUUGUCCAUAUUUAUCUGAGAAGAUUACACCUGCAAUUCCCGCAGUGGGAGCAAUUCUGUUCUUUUUUGUUAUGGGGACCUUGCUACGUACUAGUUUCAGUGAUCCUGGAGUCCUGCCUCGUGCAACACCAGAUGAAGCAGCAGAUCUAGAAAGGCAAAUAGGUAACACAGAAGACAUUGCAAAUGGCUCUAAUGCAGGAGGAUAUCGUCCCCCUCCCAGAACAAAAGAAAUAAUCAUUAAUGGUCAGGCAGUGAAAUUAAAAUACUGUUUCACCUGCAAGAUUUUCCGUCCACCCCGUGCCUCACAUUGCAGCCUUUGUGAUAACUGUGUAGAACGGUUUGAUCAUCAUUGUCCCUGGGUAGGCAACUGUGUGGGGAAAAGAAACUACAGAUUUUUUUAUAUGUUUAUUUUAUCUCUGUCAUUUCUGACAGUUUUUAUAUUUGCAUUCGUUAUUACCCACAUCAUCCAUCGAACUCAGAAAACAGGAUUUUUAACUGCACUUAAAGACAGUCCUGCAAGUGUCCUAGAAGCUGUGGUGUGUUUCUUUUCCGUUUGGUCCAUUGUCGGGCUCUCAGGUUUUCAUACUUAUUUGAUCAGCUCCAAUCAAACAACCAAUGAGGAUAUCAAGGGAUCUUGGUCAAAUAAAAGAAGCAAAGAAAACUUCAAUCCUUAUAGUUAUGGCAACAUUUGUGUUAAUUGUUGCUCAGCACUUUGCGGGCCCCUUUCUCCUAGUUUAAUUGACCGAAGAGGAUUUAUCCAACCAGAUACCCCUCAGCCAGCAGCUCCGUCAAAUGGCAUUACAAUGUAUGGGGCCACACAGUCUCAGAGUAAUAUGGGGACUGAAGUUAGAUUAACCAGGUGGUAAUUGACAGGAUCACCUUUUCCUUUUUGAAGUAUUUGAGGCUGCAAUCCAGAGUCGGUUGUUCUACAGUAAUAUGAAGAUUAUUCUUCAUUCAGCAUUGUGAAUUGUGCCAUCUCUUCACCUCUUUUUUAUUAUGUUCAAGAAAACAUUUCAAAUAUUUUAGAAAUAUUUGUUACUGCUGCAUUUAUAUGUAUUUUCUUUAAAAAUUCCUGGAACUGGGAUUAUUUUAACACUAUGUAGUCCUAGAAAUGUCAGUAUCUCAUUUAUCUGUACUGUGAUGCUUAUAAUCUUCUUAAGUACUUUAAUCUUACAGAGCUCUUUCAUCGUUUUCUGUUUCAAAUUUGGGAUAGUUCUUCAAUUAAAGCUGAAUACAGAUUCAGUCCAAAUCCUUAUACUAUGAUUUCUGUGACAUCAUUCUGUAGAUACUCCAAAAAAAGAAAAUAUUUAAAAACAUUAAAAUAUACUCUGUUUUCCCAAAAAUAAGAGCUACCCCAAAAAUAAGCCCUAGCUUGAUUUUGGGAGGUGGGCUUAAUAUAAACUCUACCCCCAAAAUAAGCCCUAGUUUUGAAGCGCGGCACACACCUAAAAAUCAAGCUAAGUGGAGCUGCCCCACGUGCCCGGCACCCACUUACCAUUGCAGCCAGGCCUCCCAUGCCCCGACAAGUGCCUCACCUUGCCAGUCCACUUCUGUGGCCGCUCACCACCGCUCGCACAUGUCACCCACAGCCUUCAUUUUGCCAUCAGAGGCCUUCAGGAAAUGCCUCUGCAGCCCAGAAUGGAGCUCUGGAUUGACACGCAUGGCUCCUCCUUUCCUGAAGGCCUCUGACAGCAAAACAGAGACCGGGGGCGACACACACGAGCAGCGGCAAGCAGCUGCAGAAGAAGUGGGCUGGCUGGGCAAGGCAGUCGGUGCCACCGCCACAAGGUGAGACAGUGGAAAAGACAUUCUCCAAAAAUAAGAUCUAGUACCUCUUUUGGAGGCAAAAAAAAAAAAAAAAAGAUUGGGUCUUAUUUUCAGGAAACACAGUAAAUGGCAAAAUACUUGAAGACUAAAAAAAAUGUAAAAUGCUAGUGGGGGGGGACCUGCUACUGCAAGAAGCUUCCCUUUCAACUGACAAAACAUUACACAUGCACGUACCUAAAUGCUGUUAUACACCAGAAAGUAUCUAUUGCAGUUGUCCAUCGAUUACAUCUCUUGUUACUGUACGGGCAGAAUUUACAGGUUUAAAGUAAUAGCUAUCAAAACAGGUUUAUUGAAUUUGACAGACUCCUAAUCUUUUAAACCUGUUUAAUAGAAAACAUGUAUUAUAUUUGCAUCAACAAGAAUAGUCCACAAUGCCAUCUUAACUGCUACUAUCUCAGUGAACCUAAUUAUCAUAGAGAAUACAUAUUUUUAUGAGGCCCAUUUGCCUCAGUUUUUUAUAAUCCUUUGCAUAUUUUUCUAUGCAUUUUUUCUGUAUUACAAAAAGGGCUUCUGUAACAGCAUGAGACGGGGGUAGCUUUCAUGCAACAUUAUAGGAAUCCGUGAAAUAUUUGCUCCAAAAUGCUGUUCUUUUUUGUAUACUUGUUCCAUUUUACUUAUUUCCCUUUUUCAAAGUAAUCUCUUUCAUAAUACUUUUCAUAUUUCUUCCAAGUCCCUUUCAAUUAAAUUAUAUUCAUUGAUGUACAAUCCCAAUGGUAUAAAUCAUUGAGCAAGAUAGACAACAUGGAAAAAUAAAUGUAUUGAUUUUUAAUGCUUAGUUGAAAUUUAUUUUUUAAAACUAUUAGAUAUGGUAGAAUAAAAUUAUCUUUUUAUCUCAGGCCUAGCCAGAAAGUAUAAUGGAAGGAAUUAUCUUUGAUGUUGCAGAGAUGUUCCUUGGAUUUUUAUUCCAAUUAGUAGAUAUGUUUUUGUGUUGUAAGAAUUCAAAAAGUCUAUUUUAUUGCUGUUAUGUUAAAAAGAAAUAAAACCAUAACUUUAAAAAUA